CCCUGAACUGACAUUCUGGAUGUUGUUAUAGUUAAUUAUGGUGUAAAUUUUACUUGUGGCGCAAGGGUUGUUGCGCAAGCUCCGACUUGCACAUCCAUGUUACCAUUAUAACUUUACCUCAGAUUCCAGCUGUUCCAUAUCUUCGACAAUGGACAAAGUAUUUCUAUCUGGCUUAGCCGCAAAAGAAUCGCGGAAAGGGGGGUCGUCGUCGCACACGUCAAGCUCCCCACGACCCCCUCCUCCCUCCACCUCCACCCCCCUCGGCUACGGCGUCAGCGGCUCCGCGCUCCUCUCCCCGCACCCCUCCUCCUCCUCCUCACCCCUCCUCUACUCCGGCCGCCCGGCCGAGCACCUCCUCUUCGACGCCGCCUCCGCCGACCUCGUCCUGCUGGUCGCUGACGACGGCAACCCGCCCCGCCCCGUGCCCGUACACCGCGACGUGCUGCUGGCACGCAACCCGGGCGGCUACUUCCCGCGCCUGUUGGCCGACCCGCGGGCCUUCCCGGAGUACUGCGGCCCGCUGCCGCCCGGGGUGGCGGGGGCGCUGGAGGGGAAGCCGGUGAUACGCAGGACUCACUGGCCCUGGUCCGUUGCCUCGGUGCUGCUUGCCUUCAUGUACCGCGACUGCUGCGAGGUACCGUGGGUGCAGCUGCCGGCGGUGCGGCAGGUGGCGCAGGAGAUCGAGCUGCGCAGCCUGACCGAGGCGAUCGACCACCUGCUCGACCCGCAGCACCUGCUUCCCUGGACGGUGGCCGACAUGCGGGCGGCGGCCGCAGCGCUGCGCAAGGGCCCCCUGGAGCAGGCGGCGGAGCGCUACCUGGCGGCCAUGAGGCUGGCGGGAGUGGACGAGAGCACCCGCAUGGCCUCCUUCGUCUACCACGCGCGACAGGCACGUCCCACAUUCGCUCCCUCCUCCCUUCCCGCCCUACCCUCCGCCACCCCCGCCGACCCCGAUAACAACAACAACAACGAUAAUGACGACGACGGCCCCUGCAGCCACCACCGUCACAUGCACCCCUCCACCACCUCCACCACCUCCACCCCCACCACC